AUGGCGCUACUCAACCCCACGGUGAUUUCCUCCCUGUCCCCUUACUCACAUGCAGCCCCUGAGGGAGCCCACGCCACUUUUCAUGGAAAUGGGCUGGUCCAGGGCUGGAAACGGACACAGCCCUGUCCCGUGCUGGGGCUGCCCCGCCAGGGCCAAGAUCUGCAGCCAGCGGAGCGCGACGAACCCGCGCGGGCCCCGGCGCGGGCUCCGGCGGUGCCGCACGCUGCAACGCCGCGGCCGACCCGGCGCGCGGCCGUGACCGGCUCCACAUCUGAGCAGCCGCUGCGGAAAAUCCAAGGUUUCAAGGGCCGAUGGAGCUGGACGCUCAUGGACAUUGUUACUAACGGGACGAGGGUGGCCCUGUUCACCCUGAGCCUUCCCGGAGCGGCCCUGGGUAGAGGCGGCAGGAGGGGGGAGCGGCAGCUCCCUCCGUGGAUCUGUGCCGCGUUGGCCGGGCACGGAGGGCAGUGCCGUAACCGGAUCCGCGUCCCGGGCCCUGGCCGGAGGAUGCAGCGGCUCAGCCCCGCGCUGGCAUCUCCCCGGGCCAAGAUCCAGGCGCAGCAGCUGCAGGGCGAAGCCCUGCGGCAGAUGCAGGCGCUCUACGGGCAGCACUUCCCCAUCGAGGUGCGGCACUACCUCUCGCAGUGGAUCGAGAGCCAGCCAUGGGACAGCAUCGACCUCGACAACCCCCAGGAGAACGUGAAGGCCACGCAGCUGCUCGAGGGGCUCAUCCAGGAGCUGCAGAAGAAGGCGGACCACCAAGUGGGCGAGGACGGCUUCCUGCUCAAGAUCAAGCUGGGCCAGUACGCCACGCAGCUGCAGAACACGUAUGACCGCUGCCCCAUGGAGCUGGUGCGCUGCAUCCGGCACAUCCUCUACCACGAGCAGCGGCUGGUGCGGGAGGCCAACAACAGCCCCUCGCCGGCCGGCUCCCUCGUGGACGCCAUGUCCCAGAAGCACCUUCAGAUCAACCAGACCUUCGAGGAGCUGCGGCUCAUCACGCAGGACUCGGAGAACGAGCUCAAGAAGCUGCAGCAGACGCAGGAGUACUUCAUCAUCCAGUACCAGGAGAACAUGCGGCUCCAAGCCCCGUUCUCCCAGCUCUGGCAGCCGCGGCCGCAGCUCUGCGAGGCGCUCAACAUGAAGUUCAAGGCGGAGGUGCAGAGCAGCCGCGGGCUGACCAAGGAGAACCUGGUGUUCCUGGCGCAGAAGCUCUUCAACAGCACCAGCUCCCACCUGGAGGACUACAGCAGCACCACGGUGCGCGUCCCGCGCGUCCCAUUUCAACAGGAAAACCUGCCUGGGAGGAAUUACACGUUCUGGCAGUGGUUUGAUGGGGUCAUGGAGGUGCUGAAGAAGCACCUGAAGCCGCACUGGAACGAUGGGGCCAUCCUGGGCUUCGUGAACAAGCAGCAAGCGCACGACCUGCUCAUCAACAAGCCGGACGGCACCUUCCUGCUGCGCUUCAGCGACUCGGAGAUCGGCGGCAUCACCAUCGCGUGGAAGUUCGACUCCCCCGAGCGGAUGUUCUGGAACCUGAUGCCCUUCACCACCAGGGACUUCUCCAUCCGCUCCCUGGCCGACCGCCUCGGGGACCUCAGUUACCUCAUCUACGUGUUCCCCGAGCGGCCCAAGGACGAGGUCUUCUCCAAGUACUACACGCCGGUUCUCUGUGAGUCCACGCCAGCCAAAGCGGUGGACGGAUACGUGAAGCCGCAGAUCAAGCAAGUGGUGCCCGAGUAA